AUGCACUUGCAUCAUCCCACUGCUGCUGAAGAUUCUUGUAAGUUGGGUUUUCUUGCUUUGAUUGGGAAUAAUAGAUUUUACCUUUUUGAAUAUAAUGAUGAUCAGAAUCAUGAGUUAAGAAACCCCAUUGAGAGAGUUAGAAGGAUGAUUACAACACCAGCUAAGGGUACUUGCUUUGUUGGUUCCUUUAAUGGUUUAAUCUGUAUUGUUAGAGAAGAAGUAUGUAAACCUGUUUGUAUUUGCAAUCCUUUCACCAAAGAGUAUGUCAACCUUCCAGAAAUCAGGAUAGAUGGUGAUGAUUUUGAUUUUUGCACAUUCGGAUUUGGUUACCUUCCUUCAACAAUUGAGUACAAAGUGGUAGCAAUACAUGUGUCCAAGACCAAGCUUAUAGAAGUCUACAUAUACACACUAGGCAGUGGCAAUGGAUGGAGAGACCUCGGAAAGUUCAAUUCUGAAUUCUGCCCUAUGUAUAAUCAACGUCAUGAACAUGGUAGCUUUGCCAAUGGAUCUAUUUAUUGGGCUGGCGCUAAUCUACAAACGAUCUUGACCUUCGACUUGAUUGAGGAAAAGUUCUGCGGACAUUUUGCACCUCCUCCUUCCCCACCAGACACUGAUUUGGAAAGUCAUACAAUAGGGGUUUUGGGUGAAUUUUUGUAUAUUUCUAUACUUGAUGACUAA